AUGAUUCCACAACCAGGGAUAGAGGGUCAUGACGUGAAGUUGAGUUGCAGAAGUACCUGCAAUGUGAUGGGCUCCACAGUGAUAUGGAGAAAGAAUGAACAACAAUCACCUAGGAAACAGAAAUACGGAAAUGAACAACAAUCACCUAGGAAACAGAAAUACGGAAAUGAACUUGAGCUUCUCGGUGUCAGUAUUGAAGAUGAAGGCUACUAUUCCUGUGCUUUAAAAGGCAACAAGAAACAAACUGCAUCUACACCAGUGAAGCUCAAUGUAAUGUUUCCUCCAAAGAACACAUCAGCUGUUGCUGGUCCUGGUCUGACUCUGACCUGCAGCAGUGUUGCCAACCCACCUGUGGAGAGCUACACCUGGUUUAAGGUGGAUGAGUCCACUCCAGUAGGAUCAGGACAGCAGUACAGCAUCACUAACAUCAGCUCUGAGGAUGGAGGACAGUACUACUGUGAGGCCAGAAACAAAUAUGGAGCUGAGAACUCUACUGCUGUGUCCAUCACAGUUACAGAUCUGGGAGACCGUAGGCCGGUACUGUACCUGUCAGUGGGAGUCUCAGUCUGUGGAGCUGCAGUUCUGAUCUGUGUGCUGGUCUGGAUCAGGCACUGCAGAAUGAAUAAAAGACACAUCAGUAUAAAGCAGGGUCAGGGUACUUGUCCAGCCAGGGCUGAGGCUGCAGGAGGAGCAGAGGAGGAUGUCCAGUAUGCCAGUGUCCUGCCCAAACACAGCAGGCAGGCUGCAGGAGUGGAGGACGACAUCCAGUACGCCAGUGUCCAGUUCAAACACAGCAGGCAGGCUGCAGAAGAGAAAGACGACGUCCUGCACGCCAGUGUCCAGCGCAAACAGGGCAGGCAGGCUGCAGGAGUGGAGGACGAUGUCCAGUAUGCUUGUGUCCAAAGCAAACACAACAGGCAGGCUGCAGUUCUCUUGACGAACCAGAGGGGGAGCUCUCGGUGAUCUGCAGCAGUGUGGGAGCAAGAGUCUUAAAGGUCCCCAGACGAACCAGCUAUUGUGGGGGAACAACAACGUAUCCGAUGAGAAGACUUUUUUUUUUCAUUUCUGACAUUUUCAUUCAUUUCUGACAUUUCCUUAUGCAUUUGAAUUAUGCUUUUGUGAACAUGCAGAUCUCUUUCUAGGCCUUUUAUAGGCUAUUUAACU